AUACUAUACGCGCAAAGCUCAUACAUCCAUUCACGCUCUCACUAGGUGUGGUUCGAAAAUGUCGUCGUUACUUCGUCCCGAUCUGUCGGACUAUAGCGGCGCUUCCAAUUUGGCGUUCAACGAAGAAAUCAAACACAUGAUGGAUGAAGGAACCACUAUUUACCAUUUCGGAUUCGGCCAAUCGCCGUUUCCUGUGAUCGAAGUCGCUGUGGAAGCGCUGAAGAAGAACGCGGGACAAAAUGCCUAUCUGCCGGUCUCAGGUAUUCCUGCGCUGCGGAACGAAAUCUGCAGCUUCCAUGCCCGGUACGAUGGCCUACUUAACCUUGACCCCGACAACGUCCUCGUCGGUCCCGGCAGCAAAGAACUCAUAUUCCUACUCCUGAACGUGUUCAACGGAAAUGUCUUGCUGCUGUCACCGUCGUGGACAACAUACAAACCCCAGUGUUUACUGAGUCGGCAUAAUCCGGUGAUCAUUGAAGUACAUUUGGAUAAUCAGUGGAAGGUUACACCUGACAAGAUUGAACAGGCUGUGACUGGAAUGGAAGGAAACAAACUGAUGAUCUUAACAAACCCUGACAACCCUACUGGAGCAGUGUACAGCGAGUCUGAGCUGCGUGCUUUGAGCGACACAUUCCGGAAACACAAGAUCAUUGUUCUGAGCGACGAGAUUUACGCACGGCUGAACUACAAGCAAAACCACGCAUCUUUAGUCAAGUACUACCCAGAGGGAACCAUUUUGUGUACUGGAAUGUCUAAAUGGGCCAGUGCGGGAGGAUGGAGGCUUGGCUACCACAUCUACCCAAAAGAGUUAUCUACCCUGAAGGUGGCGGUGAAGAGCGCAGGCAGUCACACUUUCUCAUGUGCUCCAACCCCAAUGCAGUUUGCAUUCGCCCAGAUGCUGAAGGACACCGAUGCCUGUGAAAACUACAUAAAACACACCAGUCGAAUAAUGGCCGCUGUGUCCGAGUUUUGUUGCAGAGAACUCCAGUCAGUUGGUAUGAAACUGGCACCACCCUCGGCGGGAUAUUACGUGUUUCCUGAUUUUGUCGUGAUCGCAGACAAACUGGCGAAGCGUGGAGUCACCACAUGUCAACAGAUGUGUGCGCUGAUGUUGAAGGAAGCCUCGGUUGCGCUGAUGGCCGGUGGUCCCUACUACCUCAGACCUCCUGAAGAAUUAACUACGCGUCUCUGCUUCGUCAACUUCGAUGGCACAGAUGCCCUGGACUUCAGUCGCAAACUGGGUCUUAGCGAACCCCUACCCGAAUCAUUUGUCAAAGAUUUCUGUCUGCCUGUGCAUGAUGGAAUUCUGAACUUGAAAUCCUGGGUUCAAAAACAGCUGAAGGACUACUAGUUCAUGGUACAUUAAACUGGUGGACAAUUUUAAUCAACUUAUCUUUUUUCUUCAUUGUAACAUAUGCACUGCUGUAUGGUAACAAAAGAAGGUACAUGGACAAAGUACUUUAAAGGGACAUUCCUGAGUUUGCUGCAUUGUAAGAUGUUUCCGACUAAUAAAAUAUUUCUACGAAUCAA